AGGCUCGGAGGAUGCUUGCUGCUUCUAGAGCUGAUACGCUCGAUGUUAGCUGCCAUGACUACGCCCCCGUCGUCUACCCUUUCUUCCAGAAAUGGACUGCCGACUACGGAAAAACAUUCCUUUUCUGGUGGGGACCAACACCAUGCAUCAUAUCGACUGACGUCGCGCUAGUUAAGAAAGUGCUCGCAGACAGGACAAACUUGUUCCAGAAGGUACACUACUUCAAUCCAAGCUUCAAAUCCAUCCUAGGCAAAGGGAUGCUACUUGUAAAUGGGGACGACUGGAAGCGGCACCUCAAAGUUAUCCACCCAAAAUUUAACGAAGAAAAGCUCAAGUACAUGUCUACUCUGGUGUCGGAGGGCACACGACGGAUGAUGGAGGAAUGGUACGCUCAGAUACAAAACAGUAAGACAGACCAAGCUGAGAUAGACAUGAUGCGUGACUCUGAUGAGUUGACCCAAGGAGUCAUCGGGCAAAUGAUUUUCGGCGUGAACAACAAGGUAUACCGGCAGUUCUGUAUUCCUGCAAAGGAGGUCCAUGAGCUUCUGGUGCAGGGAAUGAAAGAUCCCCCGAUUCCUGGAUUUAGAUACCUACCAACCCGCCGCAACCGCCGGUUGGCGAAACUCGACAAGUUUUGUACGAGCAAGAUCAUGCAGAUCAUGAAGGCGCAUCUUGCGGAGGGUUCGUACGGAGAUGGCCUGCUCGGGCUGAUGUUGGAGGCCUACGCCCUAGACAACAAGACAUUGAGCAUAGAGGAAGUCGUUGCAGAGUGCAAGUCUUUCUUUGUGGCGGGGCAAGAUACCGCUGCAAACCUCCUUACAUGGGCAAUGUUUUUGCUCAGCAACUACCCACAAUGGCAGGAGAAGGUGAGGGAGGAGAUCCUCCUAGAAUGCCCGAAAGAAGGCGAGGCACCGAGCACCGAUGUCCUCAAGAAACUUAAGCUGCUUAAGAUGACUGUUCUUGAAACACUGAGGCUCUAUAACCCGGUACCGUUUAUCAUGAGAAAGACCGCAUGUGAUACAAAUGUUUCAAACAUCAAGGUUGCAAAAGGAACCAGAAUAAUGAUCCCUAUCGGGAUGAUACACAGGGAUAAGGAGGUCUGGGGUGCCGAUUCCAACGAGUUCAAUCCCAUGAGGUUUGAUAAAGGCAAUAACGCAAGCUCGUUGCUAGCGUUCUCGUAUGGACCAAGGGUUUGCAUCGGCCAGGACUUCGCCAUGGUUGAAGUGAUGAGCGUUUUGGUGAUGAUCCUCAGGAGGUUCGCCUUCUCCUUGUCCCCAAAGUACGUUCACAGGCCCAGGCACCGUGUGGUUCUGACGCCCAAGUAUGGACUCCCUCUAAUCGUGAAGAACGUCCUGCAGCUGGAUGGGUAUGAUUACUGUGAUGGCGUGAACUUGUGUGAGGUCGGAGGGCAAUAA